AUGGGCAACUGCGGAUCAAGGCAAGACUACGAGCCAGGCUACUCUGGUCCACCACCGCCCUCUGGCAACCCACAGUACGACCAGUGGGCUCGCGAUCAACAUCAUCGAGAGCAAUACAUGCGCGACCAGAAGCGCGCACAGAAGAAGCGAAGCAGAAAGAACGGAGUCAUUGCCACGAUGGCUGCGCAUGACACGAUUUACACUAGAUGGCAUACCCAGGUUGAAGAACGUUAG